GGCCGGGACCCGCGGGCACCGCGGGACGGGACAGUUCCUGCAGGAACGCUACUCCCCCUGUGUGGGUUUCCAUUCGGAAUACCAGUUCCUGAGCAUGGAGCAAGGAUCAUAGGAUGGUUUGGUUGGAAGGGACCUUAAAGCUCAUCUUGUUCCAACCUUCAGAGGAGACCCAGGACCCUGCUGGGGUCACUCGGAGCAGCCACCCAGCACGGUGGGCACCGAGUCCAGCACCCACCACCGGAAAAAAAUUUAAAGGACUUAAGUUUAAAGGAUUUAAGUUUAAAGUAUAUAAUUUUAAGGGAUUUGAACGUGCUGCACAACACGGAUGUGCUGGGAACUCAUGGAACACGGUGACGUCUCGGUGUGACGGUUGUCCUGUCACUGCCCCUCAAGCUGCUGCCACCAGAUAACGCCCAGCCGGGGACACGGAGCCACCCGGGGAAGCACGUCCCAACACCCAUCUGGGGGAACAGGGUGAGGAAGGGAGAAACACAUCCCUGCUUCCAGCCAGGAUCCCUCUGCUGGCUGACCUCCCUUCUGGAAGCCGGUUGCUGCUCCGGGCAUCUUCACGGCUCUUGGAGCAGAGCAAGGGAAGCAUCAGAGCAGGAUAUUUUUAGAUGCACUUUGUGCUCAGAGAGCAAAACCACACUGUGGUUUAACGGCCAUCAGCUGCUGGGCAUGUUGGGAAAGCUGAAAUAAGGGCUCAGGAUUCAGGGAGAUGUUGGACACCAUGGGAUGGAGCAGCUUUGCAGACACGACGGCGAUUUUUGGGCUGAGCAUUGCAGCGGAGACCCCCGGAGGAGUCUGCCUGUGGGAUUCCAGGAUCCGGGCAAUCCUGCCUGUUUAGCUGCCACGUGGACAGUCAGCGGGGCCGGGGUGGCCCAUCCCCUGAGCGGGUGCAUUCCCAUUGUUUGUGGGGUGACAUUGGCUCCGAUGGCUGCGGAGGAGGUGUGGGAAGAGAGCGGACGAGAGAUCCGCAUGUCAGACCAGAACAGCACCGACGAUGGGGAGUCAGACCCCCAGCACAGCCUGUCUAUGGUCUUCCUCCUCGUCCUGGUCUUCUUCAUCAUGGGGCUGGUGGGUUUCCUGAUCUGCCAUGUCCUGAAGAAGAAGGGUUACCGGUGCCGGACCUUCCGGGACGAUCUUGACCCAGAUAACAAAGAUGUGCUGGCAGAGCUCCAGGACAAUGAAGAGGAGGAGCUGAACGAGGACACCGUGGAGAAGAUCGUGAGAUGCAUCAUACAAAACGAAGCAAAUGCAGAGGCUCUCAAGGAGAUGCUGGGGGAAAAUGAAGGGGACAUCCCAGUGCCAGUGAGCCUUUGUCCCCACAGCCAGGAUGGGGGCCCACCACACCACCACACGGUGCACCUGGGCUCCACACAGGCCCCCUGCAUCCACUGUAGCCGCAGGAAGAGGCCCCCGCUGCAGCGACAGGGACGGUCCAAGGAGGGCAAAGGCCGGAUGCAUCCCGGAGAGACCACCGUCUUCUCAGUGGGCAGGUUUCGCGUCACACACAUCGGGAAGAAACCCGCUGUCCAAGAGCAGCAGGACGGCCCCCUGCCCGACGGCAGCCGGGAGCUGAGCACGGAGGAGCUGGAGCACAGCAGCGACCGGCUCCAGCGGGAGCGGGCCCUCAAUGGGACUGUCCCCACGGGGGGCCUGCAGAACGGAGACAUCCAGAGCGGCAAAGGUGUGGAGCAGAGCCUCUCCACCACCCCGGCCCCCAACACACCAGCCAGCUCUGGCACUCGCGACAGCCGUCGAGCGGGCACGGGGUCCGGCAAGGCGGGCUCGCCGCAGGAUGCCGGCACUGCUCCCGGGAGCGGGAGCCGCCAGAGGAGGCUCCUGAGCCAUCCGGCGCUGGGAGGGUCGAGUCCCAGCAUCCCGGGAGAGCUGGCGCGGGAAGGAGCUGGCAUGUGCCUGGAGGAGGUCGGACUGGGGUCGGCAGAUGAAGUGUCGGAUAUUCACGGGAGCCUGAGUCUGCACGAACAGGCUGAGGAGUUGGGGAGAGACGACAGCAGCAGGAGACAGCCUGGAGCAGAGGACGAGGAGCAGCAGGAGCCCAGCGCCGCGGAGAAGGACUGGAGAUCAACGGUGUGACCUCCUCUCCGCUCCCGGCUGGAGCGUGGACAGGAGGCGCGCAGCCCCCGGCCCCCACGCCGGGCGGGGGGCUCUGCCGUGGGGCAGCCGCGGGGC